AUGGCUGAAGAGAAUAGCCCUAGAAGCUCCGUAGAGGAUGUCUUCAUUCCCAAGGAACUUCUCACCACUGCCAAGUUCAACUCGCCGUGGGAACUAGCAAGAUGGGAGCAAUCUCUUCCGGAUAAUAACCGUAUAUCCAUUCCCCCUCAGCCUCGAACUUCUGGCAGCCGUCCCCUCAGUCUUUCGGCGCUACGGGCUGUAGCGAGACCUCGAUCUGCGAUUCGGUCUCGUGGGCGCAGCGAUCCUCCCGCUUUUGAUGGCUCAACAUUUGAUUAUUUUCUCAAGCCAGCUACUUUUGAGCCAGCAUCUCCAAUUCCAGAGAAAGAGCCAAUUUCCCCAGUACAAAAUGCCUUCAUCAGCCCUUCGAGCAAGACCAGCUCUGAAGCUUCAGGCAGCGAACGAAGCGAGUUACAAGAAGUAUACGAAAAGGCUAAAUUGAGAGGUGUGGCCAUCCAACGCAAGCAUUGGGUCCGACUUUUGUUCGAAUACAGCAUCUAUGCAUUCCUCGUUCUUUUUAUAUACUUUGUCCUGGUUGGUAUGCCUCUAUGGAAAGGGGCUGUUUGGUGGCUAUAUUACGUUGUUCGGACGAAAUUCGUUAUUCAGGGAGGUUAUGCCAUCACAAUUGGCUUGGCCGCACUAUAUGCAUUCUGCCCUCUUUUGAUUCUAUUUGAAAAAGACCCGCCCGCAGCUGCUGAAGUCGAGUCGCCUGAUUUGGAGAGCAACAGCUCAAACGUCAACUCAACCGCCCUUCUAAUCCCAUGCUACAAGUCCGCCACAAUAAUCGGCCCAACUUUGGAAGCCGCGCUCAAAAUAUUCCCAAAGGAAAAUAUCUUCGUCAUCGCCAACGGCAAUUCCAAAACGCCUCUCGAUAACACCGAAGAGGUAUGCAAACCAUUCGGCGUCAACCACCUCUGGGUCCCCAUCGGUUCCAAGAUUGUCGCCCAAUUCGUAGGCUGCUAUGCCGCGAAGGAUUUCGAAAAUGCAGUUCUCAUCGACGAUGACUGUCUCCUACCCCCUAAUUUUCCCAUCGUCAGCGACAGACUCAAAGGCAAUGUCAAAUGCCUCGGCUACACGAUCAAGAGUGUGGGCCCUAAUUCCUCCAAGGGCACAUACUGUCAGCAAGCACAAGACCUCGAGUAUAAGAUGUCAGGCAUUCAGCGGGCAUUCUUUGGAAAAUGUGGAAGUGCCACCUUUCCACACGGUGCUAUCUCACUUUGGAAUAUCGAGUUUCUGAAACAGACUUUCCAUGAGCAUCCCGGGUUCUCGGUCUCGGAGGACUGGUUCUUCGGUGAUGCGUGCCGACGCCUUGGAGGUCGCAUCACCAUGUGUUCACAGGUGUUUGUCGAGACAGAAACCCCCUCUUCGGUGUUUAUCAGUGGAAGUGGAAGUCGGGGUGGGUUUGGUGAAAUGACCAUCUUCCAGCAGCGAUUCAAGAGGUGGAAUUUCUUCUUCGUUGUCGGCAUGUACUAUGAUCUCAAGUACAUCUUGACGAGCUGGAAGCUCGGAUGGUGGGAGAUCGGCGCUAAGCUCUGCGUCUUUCAAGAGGUUUACGAAACCCUCAUCUAUCUCUUUGCGCCCUUCAUCCUACCAAUUUCCUUCGUGGUCCGCCCGUCCUUCUGCGGAAUGCUACUCGGCGUUACCAUCGGAAUGUACAUCAUCAACGUGAUCAUUUUCAACGAGAUCCACCUCCGCCUCAAGAAAGAACGCAUCGAUUGGAAAGUUCUUCUCUUCUAUUACACAUUUUACAAGAUCGCUUUGACCGUCAUCAAUGUCUUCAGCUGUUAUUGGUCAUUGUACAAGUACGCACGGUAUUUCGCGCAACGGCAUCCCAAAGUCAUUGAGGACAGGGGGGCAGUUGAGGUUCUGCUCAGUCUUGAGAAAGAUUCGAGACGUCCUUCCACUGAAGACGAUGUCAUUCCCCUUGAUGCAGCGGGUGAACUUGGUCGCGGUCUAGGACGCAAGUUGACACUCACCAAGGUUCAGGCUGGUAAGAAGCCAGCCCAGCCGGACUUUGAUGAAAAGGCAGCUGCUAUGGGGUGGGUUUGA